CGGCCUUUAUCACCAAGGUACCCGUUAGUUCGUCACUCGAGAAGCCAAGGCACCGAGAAUGGCGGCGACGGAUCCGCCGCCGCGGCCUGGGAAGCCCCCGCUGCCUUGGCGCGCGCGGCUGCUCGCGGGCGCCGUGUCCGCCCUGCACGCCGCCUGCCUCCGCAGCGACGGCAGCGUCAACCGCUUCCUGCUCUCCCUCUUCGACCGCGCCGUCCCGCUCACUCCAACCCCCGUGGACGGCGUGGCCUCCUCGGACCACGCCGUCUUCGACCACCUCCGCGUCCGCCUCUUCACUCCCACGACCUCUGGAGACGAUGGCAGCAAGCAGCUCCCGGUGGUCGUGUACUUCCAUGGCGGCGGCUUCGUUUUCCACUCCGCGGCGACGGCGCAGUACGACGCGAUGUGCCGUCGCCUCGCCUCGGCUGUCCCGUCGGUCGUGGCCUCCGUCGACUACCGCCUCGCGCCCGAGCACCGCUUCCCGGUGCCCUACGACGACGGCGAGGCGGCCCUUCGGUGGGUCCUCGCCGGCGCGGGAGGCACCCUCCCGUCUCCCCCAGCGGCCGUCUUCGUCGCCGGCGACAGCGCCGGCGGCAACGUCGCGCACCACGUCGCCGCGCGACUGCCUUACGACGUCGCCGGCCUGGUCACCGUGCAGCCGUUCUUCGGCGGCGACGCGCCGACCGCGUCCGAGCGGCGGCUCCGCAACGCGCCGUUCGGGGCGCCUGAGCGACUGGCAUGGCUGUGGCGCGCGUUCCUGCCACCCGGUGCCACGCGGGACCACCAGGCGGCCAACGUGCCAGCCGCGAUCCGGCGCGACGCCGACGCGGGCGAGGGGCGGUGGCGCGCGUUCCCGCCCACCAUGGUGUGCGUCGGGGGGUGGGACGUGCACCAGGACAGGCAGAGGGCGUACGCGGACGCGCUCCGUGUCGCCGGCGCCGAGGAGGUCCGCGUGGCGGAGUACCCGGACGCCAUCCACGCGUUCUACAUGCUCGAGGAGCUCGCGGACAGCAAGAGGUUGGUGGCCGACGUCGCGGAGUUCGUGAACCGGCGAACAGAGCACCUGAAGAGAAACGCAUGAGCAGAGUAGAAGACCUUGGAACCGAGAAGUGCGCGCUAGCUCAUGCUCGCCACUAGUGCUAGUCUCUUUUUCUUUGCAGGGGAAAAGAGACCUUCUAUUACUCAAAAAUAGGGUUACAAUCUGCAGCAACAGCCGCAAGAACACAUUCUGAGGCAUGAAGUAACAAAAUAUUUGUACUUCAGUUCACCCUGUGAAAUUUGCUAACAAAUCUGUAACCCUAUUUUGAUUACAAUCAACCUUCGCGAGUAAAAGCUCUUGAUCUCCUUAAA